AUGAGUUAUAAUGAGAAUAAAAAAUUGGACGAAGAUACAUUCAUCCAUCGAUACUGUCACCAAGUUCUUGAAGAAAUAUUCAAUAAAACUGAAUACUCAUUGAUUUGGGCUAAUGGUGAAUCUGAAAGUUCUAAAGCAAGAUGUUUAUUGGAUGGUCACAACCAUGGCAGAAAACCAGACUUUCGGAUCCUCUCAAAGAUCGAUGACACCGACAAAGAACUUAUAUUUGGCGAAAUAAAGCCACCACAUUGUACUGAUACCAUAAAUAAAAGCAUAAUAAAAUUAGCAGAGUUCAUGAAAGGGUCUUUAGACUUUAUUAUUAGUAUGUACGGCUAUGUGGUUGGUCUGGAAACAUAUGGGAACGAAAUUAAAAUUUUUAGCAUGGAUUUGGCAUACGAUGGUCUAUACCGUUGUAAUCAAUUAUCGAAAGUAUUGCUCCCAACGGAGAAUGCGAAUUUUUUAAACAUCAUCACUGUAGUAUCUACUCUAUAUUCAUUAUUGGAAAGGGUAAAACAUACUAUUAUUACUCUAAAUUCAUAUCAGCCUUAG